AUGGCCGAAACGACGUCAUGUUCUGAAGGUUUAAGUCGUUUUGGAGAUCUGAGAGGGGUGCAAUGGCGCAUAGAUUUAGGGGUUUUACCAUCUUCUUCUUCAUCUAUCGAAAAUCUUCGCCGAGAGACGGCCAAUUCUCGAAGAAGGUAUGCUGCUCUGAGGCGGCAGCUUCUAGUCAAUCCACAUGUUCCCAAGGAUGGAAGUAAUUCUCCUGAUCUUGUCAUGGACAAUCCACUGUCACAAAGUCCAGACAGCAUGUGGGGUCGUUUCUUCAAGAAUGCUGAACUGGAGAGAAUGGUUGACCAAGAUUUGACACGCUUAUAUCCUGAACCGGGUAGCUAUUUCCAGACACCUGGAUGCCAAGGCAUUUUAAGGCGAAUUUUACUACUUUGGUGCGUUAGGCAUCCAGAGUAUGGCUACAGACAAGGGAUGCAUGAACUCUUGGCCCCAAUGUUGUAUGUUCUACAUGUUGAUGUUAAGCGUCUUUCAGAAGUGAGAAAACUUUAUGAAGACCACUUCAUUGACAAGUUUGACGGCUUCUCAUUUCAUGAAAAUGACUUGACUUAUAAGUUUGAUUUUAAAAUGUUCUCGGAUUCUGUUGAAGAUGGGAAUGGAUUGGGAAAAGGUUCUGUGAAGUUUAGCAGUCUUAAUGAACUUGAUCCCAAGAUACAAACAAUUGUUUUACUUAGCGAUGCUUAUGGGGCAGAAGGUGAACUCGGUAUUGUUUUAUCUAAGAAAUUUAUGGAACAUGAUGCAUAUUCUAUGUUCGACGCUUUGAUGAGUGGGGCAGGUGGGGCUGUUGCCAUGGCAGAUUUUUUCUCUCCAUCUCCAUUUGGGAAUUCACAUAAUGGGUUCCCCCCUGUAAUUGAAGCUUCUGCCGCACUCUAUCAUUUGCUUUCCAUUGUUGAUUCAUCUCUUCAUGGCCACCUUGUUGAACUAGGAGUUGAACCCCAAUAUUUUGCACUUCGCUGGCUACGGGUCCUAUUUGGGCGUGAAUUUUCACUUGAUGACCUUUUAAUUAUUUGGGACAAAAUUUUUUUGUAUGAUAAUACCAAAUUCAACAAACCUGCCGAUAAUGCUUCCGAGUCCAAAUUUGCAGUCCUCAGUUCUCCUAGAGGAGCAUUCAUUUCUGCUUUUGCAGUUUCAAUUAUACUUCAUUUGAGAUCUCCAGUGCUUGCCACUGAGAAUGCUACUGUCUGUCUUCAAAGAUUGUUGAAUUUUCCCGACGAUAUAGAUCUUGUUAAGCUGCUAGCGAAGGCAAAGUCCUUGCAGGCUCUGGCGAUAGAUGCGAACAACUCAACUUCCCUAUUGAUUGAUCCCGGGUUUGAUUACAGAGGUGAGUCAGUUAGUACUAGGGGUCAUAGCCUUUCGUUAGAUUUAACUUCUCCAAGAACUCCCCAGAAUGUGGUCCCCUAUAGCUACUGGGAAGAGAAGUGGAGAGAUUUGCACAAGGAAGAAGAGCACAAGAAAGGUCGUGUCGAAAAACAAGUUCCAAACAGCAGAAAAGGGUGGUCAGAGAGAGUGAGAUUGCGACUGUCUAGAACAGAAUCAGACCCAUCUUCAUCUAAGGUUGGUAAAAUACAGAAAGACCAAAAGUCAUCUGUUAGGAAAAGUUUGUUGAAAGAUCUGGCCUGUCAGCUCAGAUCAGAUGAAGAUACAGAAAAGGUAGGGUGCGGCGGAGAUUUAGGCCAUGAGGAUCCAGUUGAGGUCAAUGGGCAAGAAAAUACUGAUAAGAAUUUCGGUAGCACAUCCGAGCCAAGAGAUUUGAGUGGAAGUGCAGAGAGUGAAGAGAAUUCUUCCGAUUUCUCAGAUUCACCAAGUCCUGUUCAUGGGGCUAAUGUUCAUCAGAACGACUCAGGAAAAAGUAGCAUAGCAUCAAACUUAUCCAUUGAUGAAAAUGAUCCCGGUCCAUGUGGCACUACCCUGGAAUUCUCCCCUCUUCCCAUCUCAGAUUCACCUGAUGAUCUGUCUCUAAAAUGUGCAGAGAAUGACAAUUCUGUAGGUAAAUCAACCAUGGGCAUGAAGGAGCGAAAGUUUCUAUCAGGGAAAUUCCAAACCAAUACCUUCAAACCUGCCUAUGCGAGUGAGGGGACAUCUGAAAAGAUAGGUGCUUCUGAAGAUGCGAAAGCUUGCCAAGGAGGAAGUGUUCAGAACACUAUAGUUGGCUCUUCGACAGCCUAUGGAUGUGAUAGCUCUUCGGGAAUCAGCGAAGCAGAGACGGUUGAGCAAAACUUGAUGGGUAGCUUCAGAAAUCUUGGGCAAUCCAUGCUUGAGAACAUCCAGGUUAUCGAAUCUGUUUUUCAGCAGGAUCGAGGUCACACGGGACCCUUGGAGAACAGCUCAAAAAAUGGUUUUGUUGGGCAAGGACAAAUUACUGCCAUGGCAGCCCUCGAAGAGCUUAGAAAAAUUAGCAAUCUUUUAUCUGAGAUGUGA